GCCUUCCUUUUCUAGUUCCUUUUGGUGUAAUGUUGUUAAUUUCAAUGUUUUCCUUAACUGAAGCAUUUAUGGCAUUAAAAAAUAGAAAACUCGAAAGCAGUAGAAAACCUAGCAGAAAUAACUCAAGCGAUGACCAAAAUAAUACAAAAUAAAAAUAAGGAUCCUUUAGGGUUUUCUAUAGAUCGUGUCAUCUGUGAACAGAGAUAAGAUUUUUAGGAGUUUGUAGCCUUCUUUACAAUAGUUAUUCCUUUCAUUUGUAACCUGGUAAUGCUGGUACCACAGAGAGUAUUUUCAUAUUUUCCCUUAUCUUCACUCCUUGGAAAUACUAGAGGAGAUUUUAAGUACUUUCUCAUGAAAUGCCUGUUUAAAUGAUCCACUGAAUUUAUCGGACAUAACAGCUUUCCUUGUUUAGAGUUAGUUUGUUUUUUUGUUUGUAUUUGUUUAAAUUACUCUUUGAAUCUACUUACUACUCAGCAGUAGUGAUUUUUUUUUGUUUGUUUUCAUGAUGGAGUAUAGGUGGUUAUACCUUAUUUGAAUUCAUUACCCUCUGUUGGUAUCAGUUUGUGGGCAUAUAAUUAUCCAUUGUUGCCUCUUUUAUUCAUUUUAUUUCAACAGUAUCAGUGAUAACAUGUCUGCUUUCACUUCACUGCUGCUUUAGUUGGUCGUUUCUCUUUCAUUCUGACUUGCUUGAAAGGUCUAUCAAUUUUGUUCAUUUUUUUCUCAAAGCCAAUGCUUCCUCUGGUUGCUAUGGUCUUAGUUUUACUGUAUGCUAUUUUGUUGAUUUCAGUUUUAUGUUUAAGUUUCCUUCUGUGGUGAUUUUGGGCUCAUGUGAUAGUUUUCCUGAUCAUUCAAGGUAUAAGAAAAUGAUUUCUACGAUAGCAUGACAGUACUACAGAAUUAUCUAUUAGGACAUAUGGUCAGUAUGUUGCAUGCAACUUUAUGUGUCCGUGAAGGAAUGAAGUCCUGAUGAUUCCUUCUCAAACAUUUAGUCGAUGUUUUCUGAUUGAUUCUAAGGUUACACAAUAGAAGUCUUCAGUAUAUUCAUCUGAGAGUAGUAAGUGGGAUGAUUUUACUUUUCUGUUAUUUGAUAUCUUUCAGCUGUAUCUUCACAAUGCACCCAGAAUUUCCUGCCAAAGCCGUGCUUAGAAUCUUCUCUCCAAAAAGUGUCAAUGGGUGAACAUAGUACCCUUGAGAAUUUACACUUAAUGAUAGAUUGUGACAACGAUGGGGAGAGUGAAGGGCAUCAAACAUAUGACGGACAUUUCCAAAGGGAGACAUCUGCCCAUAGGAAGAAUCUCACUGACCCAUAUGCUGAAGGAUAUAAAGUAUUUUGCAAACCCUCCCCUUUUAAGUUAGCUACUUCUACAAAGCAGUGUGUUUCCGUCACCAAAAACUCAAGUCAAAGAUUCAAACAUAAAUAUUUGUCGAAAGAAAAUUUGGAAAAUGUGGAAAGUUACCUCAUUUGGGUGGAAAAUAAGUAUUUGAACCAAUUUGAAAAUAGGAUCGGAUUGACCUUUCAGACAACUGUUUCUGAAAAUCAUAAAUUUAAAAAUGAAGAAGAAAUUGUUAAGGGGUGUCAAUUUGAGGGGCACGUCACAAAGAAGUCAACCCUACAAACCUACAAGAGUAUUUUCAAUGGACAUAGAAUUGUUCCUUGCACUGCAUCUGAGAAAGCAUUUAACCAGGGCUCAAUUGUUAACAAAUGUCUACGUACUCAUUUGCCAGAUAACCAUUUUGAAUGUGAUAAAGGUAAGGAAGUUUUGUCUCAAAGAUCUAAACAUAUUAUACAGAAGAGUAUGCCUAUAAAAGAAAAUCUUUAUAAAUAUAAUGCAUGUGGGAAAGAUCUGAAGGAGUCCUCCAGUGUUGGUGAUCAUCAGACAAUUUGUGUGGGAAAAAACACAUACAUUUGUAAUAAAUCUGGAAGUGUGUUGAGUCAGUCACAAAGACUAAAUGCACAUAGGACAAUUGGUCCUGGAGAGAAAAGGUACACUUGUAGGGAAUGUGGCAUAGUCUUUCAUUGGCACUCGGCACUAUCUCAACAUCAGCGAAUGCAUGCUGGAACGAAAUUGUACAAAUGUGAAGAAUGUGGUAAAACCUUUAAGGACUACUCAUCACUAAAUAAACACAGGCAAAUCCGUAUCAGAGUGGGACAUCACAAAUGUCAACAAUGUGGCAAAGCUUUUAGGAGGCACUCCUACCUUCCUAGACAUCAGAGCAUCCAUACUGGAGAGACCCCUUACCAAUGUAAAGAAUGUGGCAAGGCCUUUAGCCAGCGCUCAACCCUUACUCAACAUCUACGAAUUCACACUGGGGAGAAACCUUACCAAUGUAAAGAUUGUGAUAAGGCCUUUAGCCAGCACUCAAACCUUAUUCGACAUCAUAGAGUUCAUACUGGAGAGAAACCUUACCAAUGUAGAGAAUGUGGCAAGGUCUUUGGCCAGCACUCACACCUUACUCAACACCACAGAAUUCAUACUGGAGAGAAACCUUACCAAUGUAAAGAAUGUGGCAAGGCCUUUAGCUACUACUCAGUCCUUAUUCACCAUCACAGAAUUCACACUGGAGAGAAACCUCACCAAUGUAAAGAAUGUGGCAAGACCUUUACCGAGCACUCAAACCUUACUCGUCAUCUGAGAAUUCAUACUGGAGAGAAACCUUACAAAUGUAAGGAAUGUGGCAAGGCCUUUGCCCAGCACUCAAUCCUUACUCGACAUCUCAGAAUUCAUACUGGAGAGAAACCUUACAAAUGUAAGGAAUGUGGCAAGGCCUUUACCAGGUACUCAAAUCUUAUUCGACAUCUCAGAAUUCAUAGUGGAGAGAAACCUUACAAAUGUAAGGAAUGUGGCAAGGCCUUUAAAGGACCCUCAGACCUCACUCGACAUUACAGAAUUCAUAGUGGAGAAAAACCUCACCAAUGUAAGGAAUGUGGCAAGGCCUUUACCAGGCACUCGCACCUUAUUCAACAUCUCAGAAUUCACACUGGAGAGAAACCUCACCAGUGUAAAGAGUGUGGCAAGGCCUUUAGCUACCACUCAGUCCUUAUUCACCAUCACAGAAUUCACACUAGAGAGAAACCUCACCAAUGUAAAGAAUGUGGCAAGACCUUUACCGAGCACUCAAACCUUACUCGCCAUCUUAGAAUUCAUACUGGAGAGAAACCUUACAAAUGUAAGGAAUGUGGCAAGGCCUUUACCCAGCACUCAAACCUUACUCGCCAUCUCAGAAUUCAUACUGGAGAGAAACCUUACAAAUGCAAGGAAUGUGGCAAGGCCUUUACCAGGUACUCAAAUCUUAUUCGACAUCUCAGAAUUCAUAGUGGAGAGAAACCUCACCAAUGUAAGGAAUGUGGCAAGGCCUUUACCAGGCACUUGCACCUUUUUCAACAUCUGAGAAUUCACACUGGAGAGAAACCUUACCAGUGUAAAGAAUGUGGCAAGGCCUUUAGCUUGCAUUCAUGCCUUAUUCAACAUCUCAGAAUUCAUACUGGAGAGAAACAUUACCAAUGUAAAGAAUGUGGCAAGUCCUUUACCCAGCCCUCAAUCCUUACUCGACAUCACAGAGUUCACACUGGAGAGAAACCUGAUAAUGUAAAAAGAAUGUAAGUCAGUGCCUGUAAGUGGUGCCCAGCCCUUACGGGACAUCAGAGAAUUCCUAUUAGAGAGUAACCGUACAAAUGUAAAGAAUGUGCAAGCUCUCCCUGCAAGUCACAACUUACUCCACAUUCUAGUUAUCACAUAGGAACCACAGUGUGAAAUGGAAAGUGGCCAUGCCUUUACCUGGAAUUCAACCUUUGCUCGAUAUCACAAAAUGCACCCUAGAUGCAAACCCUAGAAAUGUAAUGAAUGAAGACCCUCAUUUUAAAUAUACACUUUAGGAAACACAAGAGAUGCAUAUAAGAAAGUAACUGGAAAGAUAGAUUUACAAAAGUAUUUCAUUGAACAUCAAAUGUGAAUCAUGUUACAGAAAUCAAGUACAAAGGAAUAUAUCAGUCAUUUCAUUCAGACAUUGCUUCAAAAUACUUAUAAGUAAUAACACAGAGUUAGACACUUAGAAAACAUAUAUGCUAUUCUGGUCCUAAAGAUCUAGUGGAUCGGUUUUUGAAUAGGUAUAAUUAAUAUCAAAAUGUGCUUUGUUUUGUUUUUUGUUUUUUGGGUUUUUUUGCUUACAUUGACCCUCUUUGGGAUUUGUGACUAGCAAAUAUUAAUGUUUCCUACUCUCAAAUCCCUUCGGAAGAUUCACUUAUUCCUGGUGGAUGUGUGAAACCAUGUGGCUGACUGUUGUUGCAUCAAAGGUAUGAGAUGCCCUUCUUCAUUAGAUGGGACACAGGCAUGUCUAAUUUUCCACAGAAGAUAAAGGAUAGUUUGAUGCACAACAUCUGAAGCAAAUCUAAAUGGAGAUGCUGUUUGUGGUUAUACCACUGAUGUAAGUUGUCAUGAGACAGGUGUUGAGAACACCAUUGUCCAUUUAUUAAUUCUAAAAACUUCCUGAAUAUUAGAAAGAAAAUGUUUUACAUUAAGGUCUUAAAGGCAAAAGAGGUGGCAGUCCAGUGCACUGAUAGAUCUUUAUAACAGCAAUAGUCAGAGCACAUGAGUUGAUGUGGCUGCAAUGAAGACAUCUUCACAGAUGGCAGCCAGAGCCUAGCUAACUCUUCCCCCAAAUGGCAUAAAUUGUACAUCCACAUCUCUCAACAAUUACGUCCUGCCUGAUAUUUAUGGAAAUCACUACUCCCCUGUCAUUACAUCAACACAUGAAUGCUUUUUUACCACUUGUAUUCUAUAUUUUGAACGAUUUGUUGAGUCGAGUGGAUUUGAAAGGCAUAAAUCGGUCUGUGUGAACUUAAUAUAUUUUAAUUAAUAAAACAUAAUUGUUUUUAAUGUGUUAA